CUCUGGAAUCCGCCGGGCGCUGCCGCCGAUGUCCAACAUGCACCGAGCUGAUGCUGCUAUGGAGGAUGCAGUGUUGAGGAAGAAAGAGCAGAAGGAUGUUGAACUUGAUAAGAAAAUCUUGGCUCUGCGGAAGAAGAAUGAAGCGCUCAUACGAAGGUACCAGGAAAUAGAAGAGGAUAAAAAGCGAGCUGAGCAGGAGGGCAUGGCUGUGACUUCCAGGAGACCCAAGCAGGAUGGGCUCACUAUUACCAUCACCAAAGCCCACAAUGACCUGAAAGAUGCAAUUACCCAGACUGAACACUAUGGACAAGAUAGCCCAGCCCUUUUGAUGGACAAAAGGGUGGUGAGUGAGAAAUGGGUGAGCCCCCGUCCUAUGAGCCCUGGGUUUGGCAUUGGCAGUGAGGAAGAAGAGGAGGAGGAGGAAGCAGAUCAUAUGUUCACAUUCAGGAUGGGGAAGAGGAUGCAGCUGGCUGUUACCAUGGACAACAAAGCCAAGGGCAAGCGCAUCGUCAGUGAGAAGCGCCCCGAGGGCUUCCCUGGCCCGGGCAGGGCGCCAGACCUGGCUGAGGAGGACACCGACCAGCUGGUGGCUUUCCGCCGGGGCAGGAGGAUGCAGAUUGCCAUCACCAUGGACAACAAGGAAAAGGCAGAGGAGAGGAGAACAGCAGAGAAGAGGAGAUCAGACAGUGACAGAGGCCUUGAAAAUGAGCACGGCCGAAGGGAUGGUGGGAAGCCAGCCCAGAGGAGCCCUGGAGAGCUGAGCUGGGCCCUGGCAGGGCGGGAGCGCUCGGAGUAUGUGCGCUGGAAGAGGGAGCGGGACCAGAUCGACCUGGAGCGGCUGGCGCGGCACAGGAACGCCAGGGGCGAGUGGAGGCGUGCCUGGGAUGUGGAGAAGUCGGAGCACAUGUUUGAAGAAGACUUUGUUAAGGAUGGAGAGCCAGCCUUGGAUAAUCCCAGCCAUAAGAAAGGUGGAAGGAACCCAAGGAAAUUCCAGCACAGGUCCUUUCCUCCCGAUGGGAGAGGUGGAGGACAGCAUGGAGUGAAUGUGAGCGACCCUGGUCAGAAGGUGGUGUCUGCUGUGAGCAGCCGAGCCAAGGGGAAGGACAGACUGACAGGCAGAGCCAGGAGGUGGGAUGCAAAAGAAGGUGAGGACAUGUCUCUUCUGAAGGAUGACCUUGACAGCCAGAGAAGCCUUGGUAUGGACAAGGAGAAGAGCAGAGGUGAGGAGGGGAUGGAAGAGAGCUCCACAGCUGACCUGGAGGAGAAGGUGAAACAGACAAGCCUCCAAGAUCAUGGGGCCCCCUUAUCACAAAGGCUACGAAGUGGAAAGAUCCAAUCUGGCCACAAUGGCCAGAAGGAGGAGCAGAGAGAAGUGAAGGACAGGGAGGUGCCCAUGGCGAACACAGGCGACUCAGAGCCAGGGCCCAAGCCAAGUCAGGAAGGCGCUGGGGAAGAUGCUGAUGGGAAGCCUGGCACUGCUGAUGUCUCCCAGGAGAAGGAAAGCACUAACAGCUCUGCUCCACAGAGCAGCCUUCCAAGCACUGAGCAAGCCACCAGGUAUGGCAGUGAGGAGACUCUGACACUGCCUGUGGGAGCUGGCUCAGAGAAAACCUCAGCUUCAGGACAGGAGUCCACUGAGAACUCUCCAGGCAGCCAUGGAGGAAAGCUGGACACAGCAGCAGGAGACAGACUGGAUGCAGGUCAAGGACAGCUGGUGGGAAAAAGAGGGGAGGAAGUGACCCAAACCACUGCCCUUCAGGGACAGACAUUUGCACUGAAAGACAGUCAAGAUGCUGAGAGCACUGAACACAGAGGAGAUCCUCUGCCCCCAAGGAACACCAGCUCUGACAAGACUGUUGUAUCUGAUCAGGACACAGCAAAAUCACAGUCCAGGGAAGGGGACCAGCCUGAGGACUGCAAGGACAAGGACAGUGAGGACACCCACAACUAGCAAAGAUUGUACCAGCCUGCCUGAGACAAAAGGAUAAUGUGCUGAAGGUGGUGGAUGAGAAGAGGAGCACAAACUUGUCCUCACUCUUUGAUCUCCUAUGAAACCAGCUUUCAGCACCUGCCUUGUGCCCUUCAGUACCAUUCACUACACUUGGGGUCUUGCUUCAUCUCCCCUCACUCAACUGUUUUGGCCUCACCCUUCCCCAUCCCGAUCCUGAAGGACAGGGAAGGCUGCACACCCCCAGCCUACGAAGGAGACACCAUCACUUGUGCUUUGUGUUUGUUUUGCCUCUACUGCAGCUAAGUGGCAGGCCAAUGACACCUUGACUGGAUGCACUUUAGUUUGUUAACUAAUUCUGUUUUCAAGCUAGGAUGCAGGUCUCUAGCCACACUCCCCCCUUCCCUCCCACACAGGCUGACAGGGGCUGGGGGAGCUUCUCCCUGUCUGCUGGGUAGGGAGCAGGAGCUGGGGUGAGGGAUGGUGAACUUGUGGUUCAGCAGGUGGGUUGACAAAGGGGUGUUCAGAGCAGUGUUGUAGGUGGCUGAAGUGCUGGCAGAGGGGUGCAGUAGUGCCACAAGCUGCAGGACACAAAGGGGACGGAGGAGUCUUCACUUAGCUGUGUGCUGCAGGUGCUUUUGACAAGCACAUCAGCAUCAGGGCUUUGAACACUCUGGUCUAGGGGAAUGUGUCUCUGGCAGGGGGGUUGGAACGAGAUGGUCUUGAAGGUCCCUUCCAACCCAAACCAUUCUGCCGUUUUAUGAUCUCAGCCUGGAACAGCCUCCCUCCUCCUGUGGGAUGUGGCAGGACACAAGCAGCAGCAGAUCAGCAGGUCAGGAGGCUGGGCUUUCUGCUGAGGUGGCUGCUGGAGGAAGCACAGAGCUCAGCAGGACACCCUACUCCCUCCCAACACUGGCCAGGCUCCAGCAGCUGUGGAUGCCUGCCGCUCCAUGUGCUAAGCAGGACAAGGAAGGCAGCACAAAUGCAAUUGCCUGCUUCUCCCCUGCACUGCACAGAGGAGUUUGCAGCAGGACCCAGGCUACACCAGAGCUGAACUGAGGGGAAUCUCAUCAGUGCUGAUCAAUACUUCAAAGGUGGAUAUCAGGAGGAUGGGACCAGGCUUUGUUCAGUGGUUCCCAGUGACAAGAGGGGGAACUUCUCUGUUUUAAGGAUGGUGGAACCCUGGAGCAGGCUGCCCAGAGAGGUGGUAGAGUCUCCAUUUCUGGAGAGAUUCCAAACCCGCCUGGACAUGUUCCUGUGUGACCCUCUCUAAGUGACCCUGCCUUGGCAGCAGGGUUGACCUCAAUGAUCUCCAGAGGUCCCUCCCAACCCCUAGCAUUCUGCGA